UGUAACUAACAAAUCUGAUUCAUAAUACGAAAAUGAACUCGGCUCUUACAAUUAGCACUCCGCCGGCGGCGCCGGCGGCCUCGCUCCGGAGCUCCUCCGCGGAGCGAGUACAAUGGCUGCCGCAACUAAUGUCUUCCCGCGGAACCUCCAGGAGAAUCUUCGCCAUUAAAGCCGAGAGUUCCAGCACUCCAAACCCGUACAAUUCUCCGAAGGAGACGGUUUCUCCUCUAAAAUCCGCCGCCUGUGCCGUCAUAUUCGCCGCCGCCGCAUUCGGAAGGUUCCAGACCUUUCCUGCCAGAGGGGAGGUCGCGACGCCUACCGAAACCCUAACCGAAGGUUCAUUUAGCGAGGAGGUUCAAAAAUCAGAAGAAACAGCUCCGCAAGUUUCACCUCUAACGCAGUUGCUGGAAUCCAAUCCCUCCGCCGUCGAAGCGCUGAAGAAUCUCCUCCAGGAGAAACUCGACGCCGGCGAGGACGAGGAGAGCUUAUCAAUCCUAAGGAAACUGUCCGCCGCCGAGCCGGACUGCACGGAAUGGAAAUUCCUAACCGCUAGGGUUUUGAACGAAUUGGGGAAAUUGGAGGAGGCGCGAAAUGAAUUCGAAGAAAUACUAUCAAAGCAUCCAUUCUCCUUCGAUGCUCUGUUCGAAACUGCACUUCUGAUGGAUCGCUCCGGCGAGAGCGCGGCGGUGAUCAGCCGGUUGGAGGCGGCGCUGAGAGCCGCAGAGAGUGAGGGUAAAUCGAAGGAGGCAAGAGAUGUGAAACUGAUAAUGGCACAAAUGCUGUUCCUCCAUAAGCAGAUAGACGAAGCUCUGAGUAGCUAUGAGAAGUUAAUUGAGGAAGAUCCGUCGGAUUUCCGGCCAUAUUUCUGCAAAGGAAUGAUCUAUAGCUUGAUGGAUAAGAACCAGGAGGCGAGGGCCAUGUUCGCCAAGUUUCGGGAGCUUUCGCCGAAGAAAUUCGAAGUCGAGGGUUCUUUAAUGACACCAUUGUCGAGGAUGAAGCUUUUUGGGACGGAGGAUGAGAAUUGAAUUGGUUUAGAUUGUUUUCGAGCAUUGGUAACUUAGCAUUCUAUGGAUAGAGCAUCGAGAAUAAGGUAACUCUCCGUUAUGGUUGAGUUGCGCAAAAGAUUAAUUUAUUUUCUUGAGUUAUGCUACUACAUAUCGAUGAAUAAAUAUUCAUUGCGGCCUUA